AUGACAACUCUUAGCAAGGUACUAUUUUAUCUUAAGGACUGCUAUAGUCUCUGCCACUGUUUAUUUGUGAAAGUGCCUAUCGAUCAUUGUUUCAUUUUAAAUUCUCUAUUGGUGCAUUAUAUCAUUGGAUUGUUGAAAUUUUAUCGUAGUUCGUCGUUUCAUAUUAAAUAUCAUUCGAAGUUAAAUUUUAAACCUAAAAUUGUAUGUGCAACAUCACAUUUUAUUUUUCUGUUGCCAACUAGCAAUGUAACAGUUAUUUUAUUAAUACCCAUGUUUAUGGAACUGAUUAUAAGAUAUUAG